GAGCUCCUCCCCAGUCGUGAAAUCUUGACGUUACUACAGCGUAUCCAAACAUGGAUAUCAUCGCUGCUCGACCAACUUUUUUGGGAGAUAUCGGCUUUUGGGCAGAUCGGACGCCGCUACAUGAAGCCGCGUCUCUUGGUCGAGCCUUGCAGCUGAAGCAGUUGAUCGACGAGGGAGCGUCCGUCAACAUCGUGACGGCGGACAAUAUCACACCCCUGCAUGAUGCAUGUAUUCAGGGCCAUCCGCAGUGUGUACGCCUACUACUGGAUGCGGGGGCACAGGUGGAUGUGCGCACCAUCCAUGGUAGUACUCCGCUCUGUUAUGCCUGUGCAGCAGGGAGUUUGGAGAGUGUGAAUUUGCUUCUGGAUUGUGGUGCCAAAGUCAAUCCCUCCCUAACAGCCCUCACAGCCUCCCCUCUGCAUGAGGCCUGCAUACGAGGCAACCCAGACUGUGUGAGGUUAAUGAUCUCAAAAGGAGCCUUGCUGGAGGCUUUUGACAUUUAUUUUGGAACACCACUCCAUGCAGCGUGUGCUAAAGCACACACAGACUGUGCUCUAAUACUGCUCAAUGCAGGUGCAAAAGUGAAUGCAGCAAAGUUCCACGAGACGGCUCUCCAUCAUGCAGCCAGAGUGGAGAAAGUGGACCUGAUAGAGCUCCUUGUGGCAUUUGGUGCUAAUGUGAAUGUCAGAGACAAUCUUGGGAAGAAGCCUAUUGACUACACAAAGCCUGGUUCUCCCUCCCACAUCUGUCUGCAGCACUAUGAAAGUAAUACUCUGUCUCUACAACAGCUGAGCCGCAUUGCUCUGAGGUCUCAACUUGGAACAAGAGCUCUGGAUGUGGUUGGCAAACUGGGCAUUUCAAAGCGGAUCAUCAACUACCUCCGUUGCUAUUAUUUCCAGAAAUCAAACAUGGAGGUUGAAACCACAAGACCAUAUUUCUUCGGUGAUAUAGGUUGCUGGGCAGAGAGAACUGAGGUACAUAAAGCUGCAUAUCACGGCCAGGCUUCAGUGCUGGAGAACCUCAUCCAGAGCGGUGCUUCCGUCAACAUUGUGGCUGUGGACUCCAUCACACCACUACAUGAAGCUGCCAUCAGAGGGCAGACACAGUGUGUAAGGUUGCUUCUGGACGCUGGGGCACAGGUAGAUGCACGGAAUGUGGAUGGGAGUACCCCACUAUGUGAAGCAUGUUCUGUGGGGAGCUAUGAGUGUGUGAGGCUGUUACUGGAGUAUGGAGCAAAGGUCAACCCCACCCUUACCUCCCGCACCACCUCUCCACUCCACGAGGCCUGCAUGGGAGGUGAGGCAUCACAUUUUGUGUGUUUAAAAUGUGUCCAACGUGAAUUCAGUUUGUACAUGUAACAUGCUCCGGUUGUGUGGUAUAUCACUGUGUGUGUGUGGUCUUUAGGUAAUGCAGACUGUGUCAGGCUGGUGAUUGCUAAAGGGGCCAGUCUAGAGGCCUAUGACCUAUACUAUGGAACUCCUUUACAUGUAGCCUGUGCCAACCAACACCUGGAAUGUGUCAAAGUGCUCCUCAACGCAGGUGCUAAAGUGAAUGCUGCUAGAUUGCAUGAGACAGCACUACACCACGCUGCCAGGGCGAACAGUAUGGAUAUGAUUGAAGUACUGGUAGAGUUUGGGGGGAACGUGUACGUCAGAGACAAACACGACAGGAGACCCAGUGACUAUACCAGACCUGGCUCCCCCUGUGCUCUCCGCCUGCAACUGUAUGAGAGUAAUCCUCUGUCUUUGCAGCAGCUGAGCAGAAUCACUCUGAGGAACAAACUGGGAAGCAGAGCUCUAGAUGUAGUGGCCAAACUGGACCUUCCAAACCGUAUCAUUCGCUACCUCUGCUAUCAGUGA